AUGGCACCUCCACAAUCCGAUGUGCUGCCAGUGAAUAUAAGGGAGAGCUUCUACUGGAGCAAAUGGCUGACCUUCUCCGCUUCUGCCCUGAUCAUGCUCUGUGCUGGGCUGUCGUAUUCUUAUGGGAUCUGGUCGUCCACGAUCAAAGAAAGAUAUCAGCUGAGCCAGCUUCAAGUAGCUGGCAUAGGCACCGCUGGCAACAUUGGAGGCUACCUGGCCAUCUUUGCAGGCCUGUUCUACGAUUGGACUCGAGGCAUGAACCGGGUUGGUCCUAGAGCCACUGUAUGGGUGGGUGUGGGCAUGCAUUUUGUGGGCUAUAUGACAUUGUGGGCAGCUGCGCACGGCAACAUCAAGCUUCCCUACUGGGCCCUGCUUGCCAUCACCUUCCUUGCCUGCAACGCACAGACCUGGUUUGAGACCGGCAGCAUGGUGACUUCCAUUCGAAAUUUUGAUACAGAGAGGGGUACUGUCAUUGGCAUUCUAAAGGCUUUCCUGGGCCUGAGCGGGUCGUUUUUCACGACUGUGUAUGUCUCCUUUCUGGACCCGGACGCUGUCUCCUUCCUGAUGAUGCUGGCAAUUGUGCCCAGCGCCAUUGUGCUGACGUGCUCAUGCUUCGUCAACUACGUGCCCUACAUCCAAGUGGAGCCCCACACGAAGUCCCACGCGUUCCACCUGGCCUGCACCACCGUGCUGGGCCUGGCGGCCUACCAGGCGGUCAUAGCGCUCGCGCGCAACUCGGAGGGAUUCGACUUCUGGGGCGGCGUGCUCAUGACGGGCGCCAACGCCACGCUGCUCUUCCCCAUGCUGGCCAUCCCCAUCAUUUUCGGUGGCCUGCGCUCGCGCCGCCUGCGCGACCUGUCGCCUCCCGAGGUGCAGCAGGAGGCGGUGGAUCUGCCGCCGGAGCUGCAGCCGUUCCUGGCGGAUGACGAUGCGAGCGACUCGCCGGUGAACAUUUACCGGGACAAGUCGCCGGCGCGCUGCCUGCGCUCGCAGUCCUUCUGGUACCUCUUCUUCAGCAGCGCCGUCUGCUCCGGCGCCGGCCUGACUCUGCUCAACAACACAGCUCAGAUGGUGGAUGCGCUGGGCGGCGGGACGUCAACGGCGGUGUUUGUGUCGGUGUACUCGAUCGCCAACUGCCUGGGCCGCCUCUGCAGCGGCUUCCUGCCGGACCGCAUGAUGAGCGAGCGUGACAUGCCGCGCACCGUCAGCCUCAUCUUCCUCUCAGCACUCACCUUUGUGGCCUGCCUCCUCAACGCCUUCGCGCGCCUCGAGUUCUUCGGCAUCUCCGCCGCCGUCACCGGCUUUGCAUUCGGCGGCUUCCAGGGUGUUGUGCCGGCCAUUGCGAGUGAGAUUUUUGGCCUGCGCAACCUGGCCACCAACUACUCCCUCCUGCAGCUGGGCCCUGCAGUCUGCAGCUAUGUGCAGGCGACAUAUCUGGCAGGUACCCUGUACGAGCGCGCGAUGGACAGGCAUCAUGACACCGGCUUGACCUGUCUCGGCUCGGACUGCUUCCAGGCGGUGUUCCUGAUAAAUGCAGGGCUGUCACUGGGCGCUGUGCUGACCUCGACGCUGCUGUGGCGGCGCACCAAGCACCUGUACAGCAAAGUGAUCGAGGUCACCAAGGCCGAGCGGGCCAAGCGCGGGCUGCGGGGUGAGUUUGAGGAGGCGCGGCAGCUGAUAAAGCGCAUGGGCGCUGAGAAUAAGCUGAUGCACGCGAUCCUGUCGCGCGGCCGCUCGCUGGUGGGGGACCUGCAGGGGGCCAUGCCCGGAGGAGGGAACGGCGCCGGAGCCAGCCCCGCGCUGCAGUCGGCCGUCGACGCGCUGUCCGGCUUCCUGGCAGAUGCGCGGCGGCUUCUCGACGAGCAGGCCGCGCUCUACCGCCGCUUCGACGAGCUCCCCAACUGGCGCAAGGGGCUCACAGGGUGACUAUGCUGCUGGUUCCUUGCCCAUAGAUAAGGAACCCAAGUGGCGCAAGGGGUUCACCGGCUGAGAAUGAGGUUCUCUGCCCAUCGAGGAGGCAGCCCAAGGGGCCCAUUGGUUAGUCACCAUGCUGGUUCCUUGCCCUUUGUUCAUUGUGAGCCUUGCCAGAGACGGUGAAAGAAGCAGCUCUGCUGCGUUCAUUGGAGCUGCAGACCUCGCGAGAUGGUGUGAAGCAAUACUAGCUUUGUCCGUGCAUUCUUUUCAUAGAGAUUUGAUUUGGGUCAUCCAACCCAUGUUUCAUAGAUAACCUGCAAGGGGAUGAAUGCUAUAAAAGAGUAGAGCUGUGCAGCUCAGGAAGCUCACAACUGCCACGACAUACAGCUCACAGCAUAGGGAUUCUGUAUGGGCCCCUUGCUGUUAGCUCAGAUGUUUCCUUGAAGGAUGGGCAAAAAUAAGUGACAUGCCUGUGCUGCGGGGAGCAAUUGACUGUUGGGAGACUGACUGAGCAGAUGAGGACAUGUGGGGAAUUGUGCAGUCCACUGUGAAAUGUCUCUAUUGAUUUCAGUAGAUAGCGGUGUACCCGAGUGCGUUUUGUAGUCUUCUGAGCUGGAUGCUAUGA